UUUCCAGACUCAUCUCCACACCCAUUAAAUCAUUCACUCACUCAUCAAUCCCUCCAUACACUUUAAAACAUUCAUUAGGAAUUUGCAACUUGGAUUCAGCCAAGAAAAAUGGGUGUUGAUUACUACAAGAUAUUGCAGGUGGACAAGAAUGCGAAAGACGACGACUUGAAGAAAGCUUACCGAAAGCUCGCUAUGAAAUGGCAUCCCGACAAGAAUCCCAACAACAAGAAAGACGCCGAGGCCAAAUUCAAGCAGAUUUCCGAAGCCUAUGAUGUUCUGAGUGAUCCUCAAAAGCGAGCUGUAUACGAUCAGUACGGCGAAGAAGGUCUCAAGGGCGGUGUGCCGCCGCCGGAAACCGCUGGCGGCGCCACGUUCUUCCAAUCAGGAGACGGCCCGAACGUGUUCCGAUUCAAUCCACGAAACGCCGACGACAUAUUUGCAGAAUUCUUCGGCUUCUCCAGCGGCGGCGGCGGAGGAGGAAUGAGGGGCGCCACUAGAGGCUUCGGAGGGUCCAUGUUCGGCGACGACAUCUUCAGCUCAUUCGGCGGCGGCGACGCCAGGCCGAUGAGUCCCGGCCCCAGAAAGGCGCCGCCGAUCGAGCAGAAGCUGCCGUGCACAUUGGAAGAGCUGUACAAGGGAGGUACGAAGAAGAUGAAAAUCUCCAGAGAGAUAUACGACGCCAGUGGGAAGACAUUGCCGGUGGAGGAGAUUCUGACGAUUGACAUCAAACGAGGGUGGAAGAAGGGGACCAAGAUCACCUUCCCGGAGAAGGGGAACGAGCAGCCCAAUGUGAUCCCUUCCGAUUUAGUGUUCAUAAUCGAUGAGAAGCCGCACAGAGUCUUCACCAGAGAUGGAAACGAUCUUGUUGUAACGCAGAGGGUAUCUCUGGCUGAAGCGUUGACGGGAUACACACUUCACCUCACUACAUUGGAUGGGAGAACGCUCACCGUCCCCAUCAACACCGUCAUCCAUCCUGACUACGAAGAGGUGGUUCCUGGGGAAGGUAUGCCUUUACCUAAAGACCCUUCCAAGAAGGGCAAUCUCAGAAUCAAAUUCAACAUUAAGUUCCCAACUAGGUUAACGCCUGAUCAGAAAUCUGGAAUCAAGAAACUACUUUCUGCUUGAUUUUUUGAGUUUUGAAGGAUAUAUGUAUACAUUGUAACAUGUUUGUUACUAUAUCAACAAAUAGUGCUUGUUGAACUUGAUUGUUUAUCCUAUGUCAUCUUGUAUAUCCAGCCUUUGAAGAAGUUCAAGCUAUGAAGGUUUUCUUUA